UCAACAAAUUUUACCAAUUUUCUAAAUUUCAGUAUUUAUUUUUGCACUUCAUGGCUUGUUGGAAUUCAAAUUAAAGACGAAUCCUUGGACAAGGAAAUGUUGAAAUUUGAACUAGAAAAGGGUGUUAAAGCAACUGGAGUUAGUAAAGAUUUGAAAAUGUUUGUUAUAUCAACAGAAGAAAUUGAAGAUUGGGGAUUUGAAGUUAAUCAGAAUGUGUAAUGAUUUGAAUAGCACUAGAGAAACGUCGAUUCAACGCUAUAAAUAAUUCCUAUGAAAUAAGUUUAGUUUCUGCAAUUAUUCUUUUUAACUAUCAAUUUUAUUAAAUGCACUUUUAUUAUUUAAAAUCUUAUUUCAAUUUAUUUUUGAUUCUUGAAAUUUUCAAUUUAUUACUAAUUUAAUUUAUAGCAACCUUAGUAAAAAGUUAACGACAUAUAAAAGUACAAUUAAUUCAUGUGAAUUGUUUAACUCAUAAAUUCAACUUGAAAUUACUUGAUCUUCUUCCAUCAAACUUUAAUUUGUUAAGUGAGAGUUUCAUCAAUCAUAGACUAAAGAGCCUCUAUAUGCCUAUC